CAUACAUAAAAUCGAGCCAAUGGAACUGGCCCACUCAAAACAAAAAACCACACUGCCAGUAUCAAUAUUGAGUAGCUUGUGGAUUAACCUGUACACAAAACGAAAUGAAAUUUAAUUUGCUUUUGGCCCUGUGCCUGCUACUGGCUGCAUUUGUAAGCGGCGAUCAGGAGGAGGAUAAGCUGGAGCUGCCCAGAAAGAUCUGCCCGUGCCCACGCAAUUAUGAUCCGGUCUGUGCCAGCAAUUUGAUCUCCUACCCGAAUCGCUGUCUAUACGAUUGUGCGCGUCGCGAGUUGGAGAGGGCUGGACGCAGCUUGGAUUUGCUAAGAUCAGGAAGUUGCUGAGCCGAAUUCUUUCACAAUUGUCAAUAUAAAAUCAUUUAAAAAUAUUUAAAAUUUCUUCAAAAUAAAA